UACUGUUGGUGUUCUUUAGAUAGAGUUUUUAUCUGCAAGAAUUGAAAGUCUUCUAGCUGCUACAAGCGUAAGCUGCUACCACUACACUGUAUCCUUGUAGAUCCUACAGCAACACAGCCAGGGAUCUCAUAGCUGUGAUGGCUGAAGAGUCAAAGUUUGAAUUCACUUAUCUUCCAAGCUCAAGAGUGGGAAGUUUUGACAAGGACACAGAGGAACUCUUUCAGAAAUGGGGGUUGAAAGGAAGUAUGUAUUUUGCAUCUUUCUCCUACAACCAGCAUUUCCAAGCGUACCAGAAGCAGUCAUUUACAAAGGAUUUCUUCCAGAGCCCAACUGUGAAUGCAACCAUCCAAACUGUCAGCUCCUCAGGCACUACAAGUCCUCUGUCUCUAGCGUCUGACAUUGACGAGGUGUGUGUGGAGGCUGUCCCCUGUACCAUCCUCAACAUGGGAUUCUUUGACCGCCUCACCACCGGCCAGAUUGUAAGAGAGAGCGGGAGUAUUCGGAAGUGCUUUGAUGAGGUGUGUGAUGACAUUGUCAUCUCUGAUGAGCUGAGGAAGCUGCUACUUGUGGAGGACUCUGACAACUACUGCCUGUACAAUGAGGAAGAGAGAGAUGAGUUAUUGUUCAAGAUUCUCAAACACGUUGCUCUUGGAGGACCCGUCAAUCAGUAUGAGGACUUUAUUCAGGCCUAUCUGGACACAAGCAAAGCACUCUACAAGCAACUGCUAAGUGUUGCUAAGGACCCUAACACACAUGCCAUCUCCAUCAUCUCCCACGUGUUCAAGACUCAUGCAAAGGUCAAGGGUCAGAGAGUGUUCCCCGGCUCAUGUGAUCAUGAACAAUCAUUUUGUUAUCUUAUCAUUGACAAUGUUAAACGUCAUGUGACUGCCUGGUAUAAUGUAUGGUACUGAUGUUUAUUUACUGUAUCAUGUUGGCUCAAUGUCACUUAACUCCUAUACAUCGUGUUAUUGAGUGUCUCAACAAUAA